AUGGGAAUUGUUGUGAAACUUUUGCUGCCUCUACUUAUUGAAUGCACAAUUUUAUAUGUAGUAGAAGUAAGCAGAGAAGGCGCCAGGGCACCUUUACAGUUCAUGCCUUGGGAUAACUUGCAGAAAUGGCCUCAAGGCCCGGCGAAACUUUCACCAUCUGGGAUGAGGCAGCAUUAUUUAAUAGGGGCUGAGCUUAGAAAUCGAUAUGUCAAUAAUACAAAAUUAUUAAGUCCUUGGUUCUAUACACCUGAAAUAAAGGUUUAUUCGACUGAUAAUGAUAGAACAUUAACAAGCGCCACUAGCCAACUUUUAGGCCUUUACCCACCUGGGACUGGACCAAGUUUAAGGAAUAAAUUCCAACUCAACAAUUCAGUUCCACCUAUAGAGGUGGAAAACCAGCAAACUAUUAUAAAUAAACUGGGAUAUUCAGCAUUACCGAAUAACACACAAGUUAUCUCUAUUCAUACAGAUCUUCUAAGCAGAGAGGCUUUACUUUUGCCUGCUUAUGAUUGUGACAGAUAUGAGUAUUUAGUCCAAGUAAGAAAUAGUAGCCAAGAUGUAAAUCAACUAAUCCUGGAUAACCAAAAUUUGUUUACCACUAUCCAAAAAUCUUUCAGUUGUAGCUACCAAUAUGCUGUGUACAUUUUCCCAAAAUUGUUGGACUCAUUGAACUGUAACAUAUUCCAUGGCUACUCAGUUCCGAGCGAAUUCUCAGGAUCUUACUAUACAAAUGCUACGAAUUUUUAUGCAGAAUAUAUAUAUAAUGUUUACUAUUCUCCAGACGCGCUUGCAAAAUAUGCAGGGAGCGGGUUUCUCAUUAAUUUAAUGAAUGAGUUUAAGCUUGCUAAAACUCAGUCUAUGGAAACCAGGUUUUCGUUUUAUUCAGGACAAGACAGGACAAUUCUAAAUAUUUUAGCAAGCUUGCAGCUUCCUGCAGAUUUUGAGCCUCCAUUUGCUUCUCAGCUGAUUUUUCAAUUGAUACAAGAAAAUGAAAACCUUUUUGUGACUUUAGAUUAUAACGAUCAGCCUGUGGUUAUCCCUACCUGUGGAAACUACAAGUGCCCAUUUUAUAAUUUUAUUAGGUAUUUAGCUAUAAGGACUUUACAUAACACAACUGUAGCUUGCUACUUAAAUCAGGAGCAGAGCACGUGGGGAAUUAUUACAAAGCCAGGAGACGAAGAAUUUGACUUUACAGGAAAAAGUGAUCUAGGCCACAUACGAUGGUUUGGAUGGUUUGCAAUUGCAUAUUUAGCAGCAGUUUUAUUAGGGAUUAUAGGAGUUUUCAUUGUUUAUAGAAUUAAGCAGAAAAAACCAAAAAAGAAAAACCAGCCAUAUGCAGCGAUUGAUAUUGAUGGAGAAAUAUAA